GACGACACCUGAGAGAGAGAGGAGAGAGAGAAAGAAGACCAAAAGCACCAUGUCAACACAGCAGACGCUGACGUUGCACCCACUCUCUGCCUACACGUUCACGACAAAGGCUGCGCAACCGGAGGAAGACCCGUCCGUAGCGGCGCGGCUGCAGCGUCUGCAAAACAACUAUGAAGACUACGGCAUCCGGCGGACGGUCGAAGGCGUGCUCGUCGUGCAUGACCACGGCCACCCGCACGUCCUCAUGAUCCAAAUUGCAAACGCCUUUUUCAAGCUGCCUGGCGACUACCUGCGGCCGGACGAGGACGAAGUGGCGGGGCUGUGCAGCAAGCUCGACGACCGGCUCGCGCCCGACGAGGGAGAUCCGGGCAGCUAUGGACCAGGAGGGGCGAGCGCGGGCGCAGGCGGCGAUUGGGAGGUGGGCGACUGCUUGGCGCAGUGGUGGAGACCAGCUUUCGAGACUUUCAUGUACCCAUACGUGCCCGCACACAUCACCAAGCCGAAAGAGUGCAAGAAGCUCUUCCUGGUCCAGAUGCCACAGACGAAGGUCCUCGCCGUACCGAAAAACAUGAAGUUGCUAGCUGUCCCUCUCUUUGAGCUCUACGACAACUCUCAAAGAUACGGACCCCAGCUCUCGGCCAUCCCCCACCUUCUCUCGCGGUACAACUUCAUCUACUCAGAUUGAAGAUUUCAAUCUUCCAUCGAACGAACACCACAUCAUGUAUUCAUAGCUCUCGCAAAGAAGAAAUUGGAGGACGAUCUGCAUUUCUCUCUCUAAU